AGCCCACCACUCAAUAUGGUAAACGUUCACAAAGGUGUCCUUGUUGAAUGCGACCCUGCUAUGAAGCAAUUCCUUCUGUAUCUGGAUGAGACCAUGGCCUUGGGGAAGAAGUUCAUCCUGAAGGACUUGGAUGACACGCACGUCUUUAUAACAACUGACGUGGUCCAGACGCUACAGGAGAGAGUGGGGAAGCUCAUCGACCAGAACUCCUUCACCAUCACACAAAAAUGA